AUUUAAUACCCUCUUGACAUUGGACAAUUGACUGAUUAUAUAUAGGACAGACGGUCAAUCGAUAGGGACAGUUUAGGUACUACUUAGUACUUACGAUUAAUGUAAAAAUCGUGACUCCGUACUUUAAAGAUAAGCUCCAAAAGGGCCGAUGGCGCUAACUUAGUGAGGGUGCGGGUGGUGACUAAGCAGGAUGAGGACGGAUUUCGCCCGAAGACUACGACUUUCACCUCAUUCAAAUCCCUCUCAGGCACGCCUGUCCCUGCGCUCCUUGCCAACAACCUUCGUUUUCCUCGGCGGUUUGACGAAAGAUCUUAGGUAUCACAUAGCUAGGUCGCAUACGAUUGUCGGUCAAGUCCUGAGCUAUCGAAGCAGGCCCGAACUUGACUGUUGGAGGUUACCGUCGCAUUAGUUCGUGGCAACCGACCGCUGCGACGGAAACACCCUGCCCUGGUGAUAAGCCAACGACAACACAUCCACAUUACCCGCCGGACGUGAUAGGCCCGCACGUUUGCUUUUUCGUCGAGAAAGGAGAGACCGAGUUGAUUACCUGAUUUGACAAGGCUUGUCUACGAAGUUCUGUCCCAGCGACUAUGUCCAACCAGCAGGUGGUGAGUGCUAUCUGACAGAGCCCUACCUUGCCUGAGCUGGGAGACCCUAGGAAGGAUUAGCAGAUAAUUUCUCUUUUCGUUGGCUAGCUUCCCCCAGUGAGGGUCUGUCUCUGUAAAAGGAUAUUGGCUUAUACCAAAUGAUUGAUAGGGCACGGUGUUCGAUCGUGUCAUCCAAGAAGUCUGCGAUGGUUCUCAGGUAGAUUUCGAGGAGAGCGGAGUGGACCAGCAGACAUUGCUAGAUUUGAGGAAGGUGAGUUAGACAGAAAUUCGAUAAUCUGAGAUGUUUUCUUUGAUGGAUUUCCUGGUGAAAAUGCCAAUGAAGGGGCAACCGAUGUUGGCUUCGAUGGCCCUCGGCCAAACGCGGGGUCCGAGAGUUGCGGGAGGCGGCA